GUAAAGAGUAUGAGCAUUAAUUUGAGUUUUCCCAUUCACUUGCUUCUUGUCUUGCCUCUUUGUUGUUUGUGUUGGGGACGUGGGGAGUUUAAAACUAGACGGCGUUCUCCCACUACUACAAGGACUCUCUCUCCCUCUUCCCUUUCCUAAAAACGACCAGAUACGAAAUUAUUGACGAGGAGCUCCCCUCGAUAAGCCCCUUUCUCUCCCGGCGCCGGCCACCUCGAUCCGACCGGGGAUCCGCCUCCGAUCGUCGUUGAAUUGAGAUUGAUACAUCGGAAACAGCCAAUUUGUUUCCGCAAUCCUAUUUGGGUCCGGAAACAGGAAUCGCCAGGGGAUAUCUAUUUUGUUGCGUUAUAGCUUCUUAAUCAAUCACUGUUUCCACGAUGGAGGAUUACGGCGGGAGCGACGACGAGUACUGCUACUAUGAUGACGAUCAGGAGGAGCCAAUGGAUGGCAUCGAGAAUGAGGAUUCCGAUGUCCUAGGGUCAGCGCGCAAGGAUUCCACGACCAAGGUGAUUACAAAAGAGUCACUUUUCGAUGCUCAGAGGGAGGAUCUGCGGAGAGUAAUGGAGUUGCUAUCACUUAGAGAACACCAUGCCCGGACUCUAUUGAUCUACUACCGUUGGGAUGUGGAAAAGUUGCUUUCUGUGCUGGUGGAAAAGGGGAAAGCGUACUUGUACUCGAAUGCUGGUGUUAUGGUGGAUGACCAUUUAAAUAGCAACAUCCGUCGGUGUUCAUCUUCUUCAGUGAGUUGUGAAAUAUGUAUGGAGGACGUGCCUGCUGAUAACGCCACAAGAAUGGACUGCGGUCAUUGCUUUUGUAACGAUUGUUGGACCGGACAUUUUAUUGUAAAAAUAAACGAAGGUCAGAGCAGGCGUAUCCGGUGCAUGGCACACAAAUGCCACGCUAUAUGUGAUGAAGCUGUUGUUAGAAAUCUGGUCAGCAAAAGGCAUCCUGACUUGGCAGAGAAAUUUGAGCGGUUUCUUUUAGAGUCAUAUAUUGAGGAUAAUAAAAUGGUGAAAUGGUGCCCUAGUGCUCCCCAUUGCGGGAAUGCUAUUAGAGUCGAGGAAGAUGAGGUUUGUGAGGUACAAUGCUCCUGUGGGUUACAGUUUUGUUUCAGUUGCUUGUCAUCAACACACUCGCCUUGUUCGUGUCUGAUGUGGGAGCUUUGGAUUAAGAAGUGCCGGGAUGAAUCUGAAACGGUUAAUUGGAUCACAGUUCAUACCAAGCCUUGUCCAAAGUGUCACAAACCAGUUGAGAAAAAUGGUGGUUGCAAUCUUGUAGCCUGUGUCUGUGGCCAAGCGUUUUGCUGGCUCUGUGGUGGAGCUACUGGGAGAGACCAUACAUGGUCUAGUAUAGCUGGUCACAGUUGUGGUCGUUAUAAAGAGGAUGCGGAGAAAAAGACUGAACGUGCUAAACGGGAUCUCUAUCGCUACAUGCACUAUCACAAUCGAUACAAAGCUCAUACUGACUCAUUUAAACUUGAAAAUAAUCUAGAGGAGACCAUCAAAGGGAGGGUGACGAUAUCCGAGCAGAGGGAAUCAGCAUUGCGAGACUUCAGCUGGGUUAUAAACGGUCUAAACAGACUUUUCAGAUCAAGGCGUGUCCUUUCUUACUCAUACCCUUUUGCGUUUUAUAUGUUUGGGGAUGAAUUGUUUGAUGAAGAGAUGACAAAGGAGGAAAGGGAGAUAAAACAGAAUCUAUUUGAAGAUCAGCAGCAACAGCUUGAAGCAAAUGUCGAGAAACUCUCUAAGGUCCUUGAGGAGCCCUUUGACCAGUACAGUGAUGAUAAAAUAAUGGAGAUGAGGAUGCAUGUCAUCAAUCUAUCUGUUGUAACAGAUAACCUCUGCAACAAAAUGUAUGAGUGCAUUGAGAAUGAUUUGUUGGGUUCUCUUCAGCGGGGUACUCAUAAUAUAGCCCCAUACAAGUCAAAGGGCAUUGAGAAAGCAUCAGAACUUUCCACGUGUUGGAGCAAUAAAGCCAGUGAUGCUAGCAAUUACUUACCAUCCGAUGACAUAUCAAGUGGUGGGACGACAAUUUUAAAACGGGACCGACCAUCAGGGUCUGGGAGUUCGUCGAAUGACAACAUCAACGAGUGCUCUUUGAGCAAGCGGACGAGGAAGGAGGUCAGUGGGUUCUUUGAUCUAAAUAUGCCAGCAGAGGUGAUAGACAGGAACUGAUAUUCAGCUAGCUUUUCUUGAAAGAAGGAUGUCUCUUAUAGAAAAUGCAGGUUGUACAGAAUUAACUGAAACGCCCAUAUUUUUUUGACCAUGGAUGGAUCUAGUAGUCAUAUGUUAAUGGGGAUAUAAGUGAAAAAAGCAGGCAUUGAAGGUGCCUGUGCUAGACUACUCAGUUACUUAAAUCUUUUUUCUCGUCAUUUUGGGGGAGGGGGCUGGCGUUUUGCUGUUAGUCUGGGUAUGCUGGCCUGUCAGAAACAUCUGUGCUUAUUUUAUUUAUUUAUGACGGUGAAAAAAUAUGUGUAUAUAGCCUUUUGAAUCGGGCCCUGUUUAGUAGUUGUAGUAGAUGUGUAAAUUCUCAACUUGAGAGGCUGUUUCCUCGAGGGUUUGUUUCAAUCAAGCAUAAGAUAACUU